AUGUCAGACACAAAGAUCCAAGAUCUGCUCAACAAGCCUCGUAGUGAGCUCACGGAAUACGAAGUCGCGGUAUUGGAAGAACAUGAGCUUACAUCCGGUCCCCUCUCCAUCCUUCAAACCGCAACUCGUUCUCAUUCACAAGUCUUGAUAUCAUGUCGCAAUAACCGCAAACUAUUAGCCAGAGUAAAGGCAUUCGACAGACAUUGCAACAUGGUACUAGAGAAUGUGAAGGAGAUGUGGACGGAGAAACCAAAAGGUGGAAAGGGCAAAGGCGUCAACAAGGAUCGCUUUGUUAGCAAGAUGUUUCUGAGAGGCGACUCCGUCAUUCUAGUUCUGUUAAGUUGA